UAUACUUCAAAACUUCAAACGCCUCCUCUGUUUUUGUCUGUUCUUGUUUUGGGGUCUGAGAAUUUGACGUGAGGUCGAUCAAGAUGGUGUUCUUUUUCUGGUUUCUUUCGGUUUGGUUACUCUUUUUUGGAGAUGGGGUUAUGGCGGCUACAGUGAGUAGUAGCUCAGCGGAGAGGACGAUUAGUCAGACACCCACAUGGGCUGUUGCGAGUGUUUGUGCUGUCAUCAUCAUCGUUUCUAUUUGCUUGGAGAAAGGUCUUCACAAGCUUGGAACGUGGCUUACGGAGAAGCGCAAGAGGGCUUUGUUCGAAGCCCUUGAGAAGGUCAAAUCUGAGCUGAUGGUUUUGGGAUUCAUCUCGCUGAUACUCACUUUUGGGCAGAAUCACUUUGCUAAAAUAUGUGUAUCUUCAAAGGUUGCAGACUCUAUGCUGCCAUGCCGGCUUGGUAGUGAUUCUGAUGAAAAAGCUAGUAGUGAAGAGGAACAUAGAAGGAGACUCUUGUGGUAUGAACACAGAUACUUAGCUUCUCUUGAUAGCAAUACUUUCUCGUGCAAGGAGGGGUAUGAACAGCUUAUAUCAGUAACAGCAUUGCACCAAUUACAUAUCCUCAUCUUCUUCUUGGCAGUCUUUCAUGUGGUAUACAGUGCUAUUACCAUGCUGCUUGGGAGGCUAAAGAUUCGUAAAUGGAAGAAGUGGGAGUUGGAAACUCAAACCCCUGACUAUGAGUUCUCAAAUGAUCCUUCAAGAUUCAGACUUAGUCAUGAGACAUCUUUUGUCAGAGCACACACCAGUUUUUGGACAAGAAUUCCUUUCUACUUUUACAUUGGAUGCUUCCUUCGACAAUUUUUCAGGUCUGUUAGUAGGGCUGACUACUUGACAUUGCGAAAUGGAUUCAUCAAUGUCCAUUUAGCUCCCGGAAGUAAAUUUGACUUCCAGAAAUAUAUUAAAAGAUCAUUAGAGGAUGACUUCAAGGUAGUAGUGGGAGUAAGUCCUGUGUUGUGGGCAUCGUUUGUGGUUUUCUUGCUUUUAAACGUAGAUGGAUGGCAAGCACUUUUUUGGGCAUCGUUAAUCCCCUUGAUUAUAAUCUUAGCAAUUGGAACCGAGCUUCAAUCCAUUUUGACAAAGAUGGCUAUUGAAAUUACAGAAAAACAUGCAGUGGUGCAAGGGAUACCACUUGUACAAGGCUCAGACCGAUACUUUUGGUUUGGUCGGCCUCAGUUAGUGCUUCAUCUCAUUCAUUUCACUUUGUUUCAGAAUGCUUUCCAGAUCACAUAUUUCGUGUGGAUAUGGUACUCCUUUGGGUUGAAGUCUUGCUUCCAUGCUAAUUUGAAGCUCGCAAUUGUAAAAGUUUCUUUAGGGCUUGUGGUCUUAAUUCUGUGCAGUUACAUCACACUUCCACUAUAUGCCCUUGUUGCUCAGAUGGGUUCUCACAUGAAAAAAUCGAUCUUUGAUGAACAAACUUCCAAGGCCCUUAAGAACUGGCACAAGGCUGCGAAAAAGCAGAAGGGAGGAAAGUCCCCUGCUCGAUUCCAGGGUGGAAGUGUAAGCGCAACCCCUUCAUCAUUGUUUACCUCCAGAGCACAUUCACUGCAUCGUUUCCAAACUACUGGCCACUCAAACCGCGCAUAUACCUAUGAGGACAUUGAGGCAUCUGAUCUUGAAGCUGAUCCAUUAUCACCCACAUCAUCAACAAGAAACUUAAUGAUAAAAGUGGAUCAUGAUGAAGAUGGAGCAACUGAAAUAAAUGAACUCCAUUAUGAGAAGCAAACCAGCAAUGAAAGUGACUUCUCGUUCGUGAAGCCUGCUCCGGCAAAAGAACCAUGAUAUAGCUUUCAGCGGUGGCUGUAGUGUAUGCAGUGAAAGUUUACUGUACCGGUUGUCUAAAUAUAAUUUUGAAGAUGACUUCUCAUUUGGGAAGCCUGCCUGACAAAACGAACCAUGAGACUUAGCUUCAGCAUUGGCUAUAGCAGAUGCAGAGAAGGUUUACUGCACUUGUGUGUAUAAACUUUAUUUCUUUGGAGAUAGAAGUUUAAUGAUUGAA